GUUAUUCCUGUACUUCAAACUGGUACUGCAACAAAUUAGAAUCAAAACAAACAAGUGACAGCUUCUGCUUGCGCCGCACUAAAUUUGUGUUAUUAUUCAACAAUAUUGAAUUGAAAAGAUAAGAAUGAACAUCCUCGUAAAAGUUGUCCGGAGCGGUUUCCUUCGCCACUCGGGUUCAACAAUCCGGCUGCUGCCGCCGGAAGUGAUCUUGGGUUCUGCCAAUUUCUCAUCAAAGUCCUCCAAACCUCCGAACAAUGAAUCGCUGGCAGCAGCGGCGGCCGCCAAGAAGCCAAAAACAGCCCCCAAAAUAACCCUCAUCGCACAGGAUCAAUCCGUGCAGGUCGUGAACCUUGAUGAGGCCCAGCGGAUUUCCAAGCGACGCGACCUAAAGCUGGUUAAAAUAAUUGAUUUGGAUUUGAAAACGCAGCGACCAGUUUACAAACUAAUGACCAGCGCGGAAUAUCUCAACGAGGAUCUAAAACGCCGGGAGGAGAAAAAACGCAGCAAAGCGGAAGCUACCAUCAAGGGGGACAAAUUGCUUACGCUCAGCGCCAGAAUUACGGAGCACGACCUCACCUCCAAGAUUCAGAACGUGGUCAAAUGGUUGCGCAAAAGCUACGAGGUGCGAAUCGUCGUUUCCGGCGACGGGGACAAAUCCAAACAGGAAUCGGUUGCCAUCCGGAUCGAGCAUAGCACCAAGGAAGCGGGCAAGAUUGUGCAGAAGCGGUUCCGCGAUAACGACCUGCGGUUUCAAAUAAUACCAGCCUCGGGAGCGGACAAGGAGCAGGAACAACCGGCGGAGGCACCGACAAAGGCCAAGACAAGUUCUUCACCGUCGGAAAACCUAAAUCAAUCCAUUCGGGCAUUCCACACCGAUGCGCGCCUGCUGGCGUGACAAUCAAAGCCCCAGGACGAACGGCUGCAGGUCGGUGACGGUCCAAAGGGUCGGCAGAUACAGCUGGCUAAGCCGAUUUGCUACGUCGGAAUGUUCCUGGUGGUCAAAUAUGCAUUCUGGUCGUAUAUUUUGCGAGAUUCGAAGAGAUGAUAGAAGUGUUUUAAUUGUGUCAUGGAAAAUAUAGUUUGAAUAGACUUGA